AUGCGACUAAACCCUCAUUGUGAUCAGGUAUCUCGCGCUUCUGCACAAUGGCUUUGUAGCGAAGGCCAUCUAGUAGAGCCCGAUGUUACCAAAUAUACUACGAUAUUGCGCCCAGGUUAUUUCGCUUCAUCUUGUUACCCUGAUGCGGAUGCUUUCCAUCUCAAAGUCUGCGCGGACUUCCUGGGCUGGUCAUUCAAAAUGGAUGACUGGCUCGAGAUCGAAAGGUCACCCGAUGUCAAUGAUGCAUGGGGAGUACGUGACUGCUGCGUAUCUGCGUACCGCGAUCCCGUCAACUUCCAGACGGAAAGAUACAGUGGAAAGAUGUGCAAAUCGUAUGAGACUGGCGGCCCUGGCUGCACAGAGCGCUUUAUUCAUACAAUGGACUUGUGGUUUAUCUCUGUGGCCAAGGUGGUGGAGAACCACGUCAUCAAUGAUGUUGAAUCUUACAUCGAAUUGAGGCGCGACUUGAGCGGCUGCAAGGCUUGCUUUGCCCUUAUCGAAUUCAUCUGUCAGAUUGAUCUUUCCGAAGAAGUAGUCUCGCAUCCAGUCAUCAUGGCGCUGGAGGAGGCUACCAAUGACUUCGUUUCUUGGUCAAAUGAGAUUUUAUCCUAUAACAUGGAGCAAUCUCACCACAGCACACAUAAUUUAGUUGCUGUGCUCAUGGUCCAACAAGAUCUCGACCUGCAAGGCGCUAUCGACUACUGCGGCCGGCUAUGCAAUAUCUCCCUACAACGCUUCGAAGAAAACCGUGCUGUCCUCCCCUCAUGGGGAGAAGAAGUCGACAAGGAUGUGGCUAAGUACAUUACCGGUCCGCUGCGGUGGUCCUUUGAGUCCGCACGCUCUUUCGGGAAGGAUGCGCAUAUCGUCAAGCAGAACCGAAUUGUCAAGCUGCUUCCGAAGCGACCAUUGUGA